AUGGACUCGGAAACUAUGGUCCCUCUUAAACCAAUGGCCGCAAAGAUGAUAAAGGUACUCAAGUGCGUUAAGGUGCCGGACAAACUAUCCGAAGUAUUCGAAAAUGUAUUGGAGUUAGCUAGCGGACCGCCAGCGCGAAGUCUCAAGACCCAGGGCAGCGCUGACACAACCACAAGUAAAAUUGGCGCCAUAACAGGAGUAGCUUUCAUCCGGGGUAGGUGGACACAGCGCCAUAAACAAGUUGCUUCCAUGGCUCAGGACAGUGAGGAGCAACAAACUAACUCGGAGGAGUUCAACGUGACCAAGGAACAACGUCAUAUUCAAUCAUCAACGACGAGUAAUUCAGGGCCCAAAACAGCACAACGGCGAUCCACAAAUCACGUGGCUCCCGUCAUGAGCCGAGUACUUUCGAGCUUUUCGGGGCAACUUUCAAUCGGCUCCCAGGAACAACUCUCAAUAGUCGAACAAUCCCAGAUACGAACCUACGAGCCAAAUGGCCGACAACAGCAACAACAGCAACAGCAUCAACACAAUAAAGUCCUCCACAUUGCUCCCCCCUAUCCAUCGAGCAAUAGUAUCAGGAGAUUGCAUCUAGAUUUUUCCAGUAGGUCACCGUCACCGAUAUGGGCAGCAUCGUCAGAUGGCCGAAACUCGAGUCCUCUGGACCUGGCCUCAUCAUCUCUGCUCUCUCUGGUCAACUCUCAAGCUGUAGCUAACUCUUCGUCCGGAAACUGUUCACGAAGAUCGUCAAUCGACUACGUCCGCUGUCUUUCACCCCUCCGUAUACCCCCACCUCGUACCUAUUUCACCUCUUACGGCGAUGGAAACUCCGCACCUCCAGCAUCUCCAUUGGGUUCCCUACAGCCAAACUUAUAUCACCGUAAUAGCGGUCCUUUAUUUCUCAACAGUACACAACGAUCGGGCAAAAUUCUUGGUCAAUUGCACCUGCGUCUGAGCUAUGACUUCGAUAAGUCCGAUCUCAAUAUUCACCUGAUCGAGGCACAUGAACUCGCUAGAAGUGAACAAGGUGGCUUCAAUUAUCCAUAUGUCAAACUUACUCUUAGUCCAGAGGUAGAUACACGAAAACGCCAGACGUCAAUACACCAUAAUGAUCCUAACCCAUACUUCGAUCAGCACUUCAAAUUUCCCGUGAGCUAUGAAGAACUACAGGACAAAACUCUACUUCUACAGGUUUUAGACUAUGAUCGGUUUUCGCGCAAUGACGUGGUGGGCUCAGUACGUGUAGCUAUGGAGCAGCUCGAACUCUCAUCAUCGAGCUCGUCAAUCGAAGUCUGGGGUGAGAUAAACCGUGAACGAAAGCCACCCGAGGAAACCCAGGAAAUUCUCAUCUCUCUCUCGUAUCUGCCUUCGGCUGAGCGGCUCACUCUUAUCGUACUCAAAGCGCGAAAUCUAUUCCCAACUUCAGGCAAGGACAGUCUUGAUCCCUUUGUCAAAGUCGGCCUGAUGUCUGGCGAGAAGCGUGUAAAGAAAAAGAAAACUGCCGUGCGCAAGGCUACAAGGUGCCCUAUUUGGAACGAGGCCAUGUCCUUCAACGUACCGGCGGCUUCCCUUGCAUCCUCUGCCAUCGAAAUUUGUGUUGCGGACUCGAGCAGUGAGCUGAUAGGCAACAACGCAAUCGUGGGAUCGUGCAUUGUAGGCCCGGGGAUAGGCGUGACGUCAUUCCCAGACUCGAGCGCAGCUAACCCAAGCAAGGAGCACUGGAUACACAUGACGCACUCUCCGAGGAAGGCCAUCGCCAUGUGGCACACGCUCCACUAAACGCUAGAUCCUUCUCCCUCCCAGCUAUUAUGGUU